UAUUCUUACAUCAUAGAGAAAAAAUAAGAGAGAGAAAAUAAAUAAAACAGACAGAGCCUGGAGAGAGAGCAAAAGUGCAAAAGAGGGUGGUUUUCGAGCUCAACGAGAAGCAGAGAAAGCGGUUUUGUACAAGGAACGAGCGGUUUUCUGUAGUAAAAAGAUGGUAAAGAGAAAGCCAGUACUAAUCCUCCUCUGCAUCACUGUUUUAGCUCCCAUCGUUCUCUACACCGAUCGCCUCUCUGCGUCCUUCUCUCCUCCCUCAUCGAAUGAUGGUUUCAUUGAUGACGCUUCCAACUGGAGUUUUGUGAAUGAGCCGGAGAAAUUAAGUGCGCUACAUCAGGAUAGCUCCGAUGCUUUGAAAGAGCCUGCUGGGGUUGUUUAUUCCGAUAAUUUGAGCAAUUCCGUUCAGAUCUCAGCCAAAUCGACUGAUGAAUUGGUCAAAGAAUUGCCAUUGGGGAACUCGAGAGAGCACAAAUCUCGCGUGCUUUCGGCGGCCAUCGAAGGGACUCAGUCGGAGAAGCGUGUGAUUGAGCAAGUCAUUCAAAGGGAGAACAGUGAUUCAAGCCAAGAGAAUAAAGAAAAUCAGGAGAAUAAAGUUGAGAUGCAAUCUGAACAAACACCACCAAAAGUUGAAGCCAGAAAAGCACAGACAUCUACUGAUAAUAAACAACAAAGCACCGCUGCUAUGCCUGAUGCAACAGUGCGGCAACUUAGGGAUCAAUUGAUAAGGGCAAGGGUUUAUCAAGGUCUGGGACCACUUCGAAGCAACCCACGCUUUACACGAGAACUUCGUGCCCGGAUAAGAGAUGUUCAACGAGUACUCAGUGAUGCAACCAAGGAUUCAGAACUACCAAAGAGUGCAAAUGAGAAAUUGAGGUUAAUGGAGCAAACUCUGGCGAAGGGGAAACAAAUUCAAGACGAUUGCUCUACUGUUGUAAAAAAGCUUCGAGCAAUUCUUCACUCAUCUGAAGAACAACUACGAGUCCAUAAGAAACAAACAAUGUUUCUAACCCAACUUGCUGCAAAAACACUGCCUAAAAGUCUCCACUGCCUCCCGUUACGGCUUUCCACAGAGUACUAUUCCCUAGAUUCAAGCAGACAGCAAUUCCCUAAUCCAGAGAAACUUGAAGAUCCUAGACUCUACCAUUAUGCACUCUUCUCAGAUAACAUAUUAGCAGCAUCAGUGGUUGUAAACUCUACCAUGACACAUGCCAAGCAUCCCGCAGACCAUGUUUUCCACAUAGUAACUGAUAGGCUUAAUUAUGCGGCAAUGAGGAUGUGGUUUUUAGCUAAUCCACCAGGGAGAGCUACAAUCCAAGUUCAGAACAUUGAAGAGUUUACAUGGCUAAAUGAGAGCUAUAGUCCAGUUCUAAAGCAGCUUGGGUCUCGUUCCAUGAUUGAUUAUUAUUUUCGUACUCAUCGUGGGAACACUGAUUCAAAUUUGAAGUUUAGAAAUCCAAAAUACUUAUCGAUCUUGAAUCAUCUGCGCUUUUAUCUUCCUGAAAUGUUUCCUAAGCUUAAUAAAGUGGUGUUUCUAGAUGAUGAUAUUGUAGUCCAGAAGGAUCUCAUGGGUCUUUGGCAGAUCGAUCUCAAGGGAAAGGUCAAUGGUGCUGUUGAGACUUGUAGGGAGAGCUUUCACCGAUUUGAUCGGUAUCUUAACUUCUCGCAUCCUCUUAUCGCCAAAAAUUUCAACCCUCGUGCUUGUGGGUGGGCAUAUGGGAUGAAUGUGUUUGAUUUGGAUCAGUGGAGGAAACAAAAUAUCACAGAGAUUUACCACUCUUGGCAGAAUUUGAACCAUGAUAGGCUACUAUGGAGAUUGGGAACUCUUCCACCUGGCUUGAUUACAUUUUAUAAGCGAACGUUUCCUUUAAACCAUUCAUGGCAUGUUUUGGGUCUUGGCUAUAACCCAAAUGUGAACCACAGGGACAUAGAGCGUGCAGCGGUUAUUCACUACAAUGGAAACAUGAAGCCUUGGCUUGAAAUUGGAAUGCCUAAAUAUCGGAAUUAUUGGUCUAAAUAUGUGGACUAUGAUCAACGUUAUCUUCGAGACUGCAAUAUCACUCCUUAAAUAGUAUCAUGAUUUCAUUUCCUCCGGUACUACGACAAAGUCAUUGCAGUUUUGUUCUUUUCUGUUUCUUCCAUUUUUUUGUUUUGGCUUCUGUGAGUUAAAUGUUUAGCUUCAUUCUUUGUGUUCUAGCUUCUCUUCUAAAUCUUACUUCUAUGAGUUAAAAUGUUCAGUUUCAUUCUUUGUGCUCUAGUGUUAAUAUAACUGGAGCUUUUCUUCUCUUGUCGAUCUUCUUCCUAUCUUAUUGUACAUGAUCUAGAAUUCGAGAUCAGCCAUGGAAGUUUUGUUGUGUAGAUAGAUUUCUCAAUUUCAUUUAA